GCACUUAAAUCGCAACAUCUAAACAGUGAACUCAGUGGUAUGUUUAUUUAGUAUUCGAUUUUAAAUACAGUGUGUUCUAAAAAUAAGUGAUAUAAAUAAUAAUGAUCUUUAGAUUAUUAUUAUGUGCAUCGAUCUGGAAUUUGUCGGUUCAUUCUCAAAUAUUUCAUAUAGAAGAUAUCCCCAUAGAAAAUUACGAACACCAAGAUCAUAAAAAUGAUGAAAUUGACGUAGAAUUGAUGCCUAGAGCCGCUAGGUUUUUAUCUCUCUUAAAAAACGAACGAAAAGAUUAUCAUGACAUCGGAGAAGAUUUCAAAGACAUAACAACUCCUGAUGCGAAAUCAAGAUCUAAAAGAAAUUCUGAAGAUACCAUAAAAGUGAUUGAAUCUUUAGGAAAACCAUUAGAAUUACUAGAAAUCGAUAUAGAAAAUAUUACCGAAUCAUCAAAUGAAUCUACUACAUUGCCAUCUACUACAAUAAGUGAAAAAAUUAAUGAUUAUAUAAGAUUUAAGCGUUCAUCAAAAGAAAAUGAUCAGAAAAAAGUUUUUUCUAAUAUACCAAACAGUGGGAAAUUCAUUCAAGCCAAUCCUCAAGGUAGUAUAGGACAUUACGAAAAACCCGUAGACGAUUUAGAUAAAAUCAAAGAUAACACUAGAGAAACCCGUGGGGUUACAAAAGAUCAAUGGGUGAAACAACCUUUCCCUGUUCAACGCGAAGAAACUGCUUACGACGACAGUGUUCAAUUUUCUUCAGAUACUUUAAGAGCACCAAGAGUACAUUUCGUUACGAACGGUAUAGAACAAAAAGAUCCUUUAGAAUAUAAAUUCGAUAGACAAUCUAGAUCUAGAUCGUUGAAUAGAUAUUCUCCCACUGAUUUAUCGGCUGAAAUGGAUUAUUAUCAACCAAGAUUUGCUCGAAAUUACGUACCAAGAGAACGUCCAUAUGAUCGACCGCCAAACGUUCCAAGGGAUAAUUACAGACAAAACUACCCGGAUUAUACGAGAAAUCUUUCUCCAGAUUAUAAUCCUAACCGUAAAAGAAGAAUAAUCUACUACGCUACGUUGCCAGAUAUAUCUAGAAAUUCCAGAAAUGAUGACUAUAGACCUCCCUUUGAUAGAUACAUUUAUAGAGAUAGAUACGAAGAUAGAUAUCCAUAUCAAGAUCGGUAUGUCGAUUAUAGAAGAUAUGACGAACCUAGAUAUGAAGACGAUAGACCUAGAGAACCAGCUUAUCCCGUUAAAGUGUCUACUGAUGUUAAAGUUAGAGGCCUCAAGAAAAAUCCAGAGAGAAGAAUUUAUUCUGAUGUGGAUAGAACAAGACAUAAUUAGUUAAAUAAUGUAUAAGUAGAAGUUGAUUUUGAUCAAAUUACCUAACGCCUAGGUGUUGAAACAUAUCUGGCAACACUACAAUGUGAAAGUUCAUGGUAUUAAACACAUAAAAAAAUAUGUUUGAUAACAGCGAUAUUUAUAUUAUGAUACAAUAUGUAACUUUAUUUAAUUUAUUUAUAUUUUUCAAUAUAUGAUACUUUUUAAUGAAAUAAUAAAAGUUCAAUUAUU